AGCUGUACUCGUAUAAAUAUCAUAACUUCGAUCUGUUCCGACAUCAGACGCUCCACAGCCAUACAUCCAACAAGAUGAAAACCUUCGUCCUGACCCUCGCAUUGUGCGCCUGCCUGGCCGCCGCCGAUGUGUCCCACUUACAGCCCAGCACCAGCUACCUUCCGCCACCCCGUCCGGAGCACGCUGUGUCCAUGAGCAUCGAGCAGCAGGAGCUGCGAGAGCUGCCCGAGCAAGUGGAGUACAUGAGUCCAAAGGAACAGGGUCAGAUGGAGCCCAUGCCCAGCAGCCUUCUCACUCCUCCCGCUGCAGUGGAUCAGCAAGAAGCCAUGCCCUCCUCUCGCUACCUGCCACCUGCACCUGCACCCGUAGCAGUUCCAGUUCAGAUGGCCAUUGAGCAAAUGAUGAUGCCCCAGAUCGAAGUGAUGACACCCCAGGAAGCUGUCAUGGAGAAGUUCCAGCAACAGCCAGAGCUCGCCCACCGUUACCUGCCUCCCGCACCAGUUUCUGAGCAGCAGCUGACCUACCAGCAAUACCAGGAGCAGAUGCAGCAGAUCCAGAUGCACGAUGCGCCUCAGGAGCAGCAGCCCCAACAACUGCAGGAGCAGCAAGUGCAGGAGGAGCAGCAACCAACUUACGUUUUGGAUGUUCAGCAGCCCAUGGCUCCCUCCGAUGUGGAGACCCAAGAACAGCUGGAACCGGAGCCCGCCCACGAACUCCGUGCCGAUGGCUAUCACUACAAACAAGCCGAGGAACAGCGUCGUCUGCGGCAUUGAGUCACUCAAAAUCGAGUCACCCAAUGACGACAUCGAAUCAUCAGACGAUGCGUCAUCCGAUUGUUGUUAAAUGUUUAUCUUAGUUCUUAAAGAGCAUAUUAAAUUUCGAAUUUGAGGACGACUAUGCUUUAGGUAAUCCUAUCUGAAUUAUUUUAGUCACAUCU